ACUCAUGGAGUUUAGUGUUGUUUUGGUUCAAUCCGCGAGCGGAAUCUCGUAUAAUAUUAUCUAUCCGUGCCGGUCAUUGUAUUCGUGCUCUGUCAGUGCAAUACAAAAAUUAUUUUUCGUGUUUUAUAAUGGUAUAUAUAAACCUAAUGUAAAUUGCUCCUCUGGUGUUGCUGUCCGUGAUCGCGAUUUACAAUGGAAAAUUCGGCUUAUGCCCCCAACCCUUUACCACCUCCUGCUUUAGUAGUCUUUUCUCAGGCUGGAAAUUUGCCUGAGGCCCUUAGAAUGCAGAGACCCUUUAACACACAGGCACAAGAAGCAAAGGAUAUACAAGUGCCAUUCAACGCCACUGGUUUUGGGCUUCGGCUUAUGGACAGUUACCCCGGUUUGCCAGCCCACCUUUUACAUCAUUUACAACCGCAGUUUCACCUUCACCCGGCUCUAGACCCUCGAACAGUUCCAUUCGGUCCCGCUUUUCAACCGAUCACUUCUGAAAGUAAUAAAGUAUUUCCUUCCGCGUUUGCUCCCCCGCCUUCUAAGUGCUUAAAAAUGGAAAGUGGUGAAAACAAUUCAGAAAUGUUCUAUCAGAGAGAUAGAGCGGAGUCAAGUUCUCCGGCCAGUGCUUCUAUAUCACCUCCUCCCCCUGCAUCCAACAAUACCAAAGAUGAGGUGGACCAUAGCACACCAGAGGAGCGUGACACAGCCACACCGAGCUCCGAGGUCACAGAGAGGUCCACGCCGGAGGAGGGCAGAGGAUUUAGACGCAAGAAGAAGUUCCAGGCGGACCCGUCGUGCUGCCCGGUCUGCGGGGUCACCCUGAGGCCUGGAGAACUGGACACCCACUUCGUCCAGGAGCUGGAGCGACUGUACAAGCUGAGUGCCAACGUCAGGGUCCGCAGGCUGUCCUCUCCCGGUCCCCAUCAGCGGGACCAACAACACCUCUCGUCGUCCGACGGUUCUCUGGAGGCCAGGUGGGAGAGUGAUGCUGGUUUCCAGACAUACCAAAGGAUAAGGGCCAAUCGGCAGGGCAGGCUCAGGAUAAAGUACCGCAAGCGGAAGGCAGAUGAAGUGUCCUGUCCUGUCUGCAACGAGCCCAUCCAGGGUCCUCUAGAGGAGGUCAACCAUCACGUUGAGAUGUGUCUACGCAAGCAUGGCUCCAUGGGAGAAGAGGACGAGAACGUGGAUGUAGAAGGGGAGGUCUACGAAGAGUAUGAGUGGGCUGGACAACGUCGAGUACGUGCUUCGACACUCCUCGUUGGGGGCUUUGCAGGUACAGGCAUGGCCACCAGCAGCAGGUCAGGAGCCGCAGGUGAGGAGGAUGAAGGAGACCUGGUAGUAGAUGAAGAUGACACAGCCACAUUUGGUCCUACACAGUAUACAGAAGCUGAUGUCGUGGUACCUUCAGCCGACGGUUCUGUGGAGGAAAAGGAACGCGAAGCUCUUAGAGAAGCUGUUAUAAGUCCAUCAGGUGCUGUGCGGCCACCACCUCUCAGUGUGAAGGAGGAACCGAUGGUCCUGUCGGAGGACUCCCCCCGGGAACACGAGACAAAGACUGAAGGACACCAGUCACAAGUCCUAGAGGCUCUCAAGAGGAGGAUCCGUGAUCUCGAGUCCGAGUCUAAAGGGGUAUCAGAAGAGAAGUUCCUCUGCCUCAUUUGUAUGGAACACUACAAGAAGCCAGUCAUUUCUGUGUGCUGUUGGCACGUCCAUUGCGAGGAGUGCUGGCUUCAUACUCUGGGUGCUAAAAAGUUGUGCCCCCAGUGCAACAUGAUCACUUCGCCUUCAGACCUCCGUCGUAUUUACUUGUGAUGAAUCGAUGAGGCUAGCUCAUUGACCCUGCCUUCGUUAGUUUAGUGUUGUACAGUGUUAAUACAUUAUCAAACACCACUGUUAGGUUUAUUUUGACGUGUUGACCGAACCCACUUGUCCUUCAUGUCAUACCUUGUAGGGUAACGUAUGUAAAUUGUUAGUGGUUGUGAUAAAUUAAACAGGGUCCUGACGGGCACCAAGCAUGUUUUUUUGAUGACUGUACAUAUUGUAAAUAUACCUAGCGAACCUAGAGAUGUCAUAAUAAACUUAACAGAGGGUUCCGAGCUCUA